UGCAGAUCCGCCAGAAAUCUCCGUCGAGAGACCAGUGGUGCACUCAGGAGAGGGAUUCGAGGCUCAGCUCGUCUGCAUCGUACAUGGGGAAAGUCAACCGGAGGUUUUAUGGUAUCGCGACACGAUGCAACUGGACACGACCGAACGCCGAAUAAUGGAAUCCCGCGGAUCCAGGCACACCCUUGUUAUACGGAAAGUACACCGAUCCGAUUUCGGAAAUUAUACUUGCGUUGCGGACAACCAAUUGGGCAAAACAAGAAAAAGUCUACAGCUCACAGGAAAACCAAAUUCAGCAAAGUUCAGUAGCGCUUCCAGAGGCAAAUGGCGCGACAGUUACAACAUUAGCUGGGCUGUAGAGUCCGCUAGUCCCAUCGAAGAAUACAAACUGCUGUUCAGAAGACUUCCAGAAAAUCCUAACGAUGAUGGCCAUCCGCAACCGCUGCACCACCAGAGCCAAAGGAAAUUCCCAGGAAAGGAUAACAAGACGCACAUUGCAAUUGGAGGUGGUUACACGGUCUUCGGUCGCACAUUUAUCGAUAGACGUUCAGACUGGCGAGAUGUCAUCCUUCCGGCAAUGCCCAAUCAGAAGGACCAAAGUGCCGGCAUUCAAUCGAUGAGUUACAUUAUCAGAGGACUCGACCCUGGACAAAAUUACGAAGCCAAAGUACAAGCACGCAACAGAUUCGGCUGGAGUCCAAUUUCCGAACCCUUCUCAUUCCAAACCACCGACAACGAUAUGACAUACCCUGAGAGAACACAAGAUCCAAAACACAUUUACAAUGAGAACGAGAUCCAGGACCUUGGGGUGAGAAUGUUUUCGUCGACAAGUUGCGCUCGUUGCGAUGUCCUCGCCUGGGCCUUAAUCGCAACAAUUGUAAUGGUCCUCUUCGCUUAAUUUUAUGGACCUCCUCUGCGAGUGUACAACAUUUAAGAAGAAUACUAUAUUUUAUAAAAUUAUUAAGGAAAAAAAUGAGAUUUUAACUUUGAAAUAAAACAAAGCAUAACUUAAUAUAUUAUGGAUUCACUGAAUGGGUAUCACACCAAUAAAAUUAUUGAAUUAAUUAUAACUAUAUAGAUUGUAAUGCUUUUUACAUCACAGUUUUAUCACAAUUAAGUAUAAAAAUAUAUUUUUAGUUUAUGAGAACUUACUUUGUAUGUAGGUAUACAAUACAUUUUAAUUAUUAUUUAUAUGAAAUGUAAUACAGUUGGAACCUAGCGAAACGAGCAUAGUCAUCUACAUCUUUUCUUCUAUCGCGAAAUGAAGCAAACCUGGAAUGCGAAUUAGAUUUGCAGAAAAGAAAAAAAUGAAAUAAUAAGUUUAUUAUUUAUGAUAUAUACCUAACUCUUUUUAACUUCUCUUUUUUAUUUUAUUAUGGCUGUCUUCUUGCGGCUUUUGCUUCGGAGACAUUUUUGCAAGAGUUUUUAAACUUUACACAAAAAACAUAAAUAAAAUAUAUGAAUACAAGUGUGGAAAAUGUCACUCGUUAUUCAAAACGUCGCUGAUCGACCGAGUAUUUGUUUUACAAUUUGUUUUGCUCGUUAAACGAGGUUCCACUGUAUAUAUUAAUGAAUGACUUAUGCAUGACCACAUCAGUAAAUACUUCUUUUAAUUAUUAUUAUAUUUCGAAAUAAGCAUUUUAGACAGAAAUAUUUGAUUGGCUUAAUGAAAAUGUGAUGUAAAACUCGCAAUAUUAUAUUAUAUAUUCUUACUAUAUAUGCACUAUAUAAAAUGGAAAACUCGAUGUGUCUUUAUAAUAAUUUUCG